AGGAGGAGGAGGGGGUCUCUCCUGGCUGAUCCUUUGUCAUGGGAGGACUCCACAGUUCCAUACAGACGGAGCAGACUUCAGCCUCAGCAGCAACAGACAGAUGACCACAACGCUCCCGGCAGAACUAUGUGACGAGGACACACAUCUACGGGAACUAAGCUCAUAGGACCCAACUGGAUCCUGCAUCUCCAAAGUGAAUCAGAGAUUGAGGUCGGUGAGAUGAACAGCAUGCUUCCUCAGAGGAGUGCCGUCACCACACUGGGCUACAGCUCGGACUGUGUGAAGAUUGAGCACAGCAGCAGUGGCUCGGUGGGUGGGACGUUGCUGCGAGGCUCCCGUUCGAAGGCAGAGCUACAGGAACUGAUGGAGACGCUGCAGCGCAGGAAGAGCGCUCUGGAGGCCAGUCUGAGGGCAGCCGAGUGCAGCCGCAAGUACCUCAGCGUGCCUUCACCUGUUGGACCCCAAUCCACUAGGACACUGUCCAUCCUCAGCAAUACCGACCGCCCUCCGUCUAGAAACUUCUCUUACAUCACCAGCAGCAGCAUGCCUCCGUCACCUCGUCAGGGAGAUCGCCAGCUGAGCCCCAAUGGCUUGGUCCGUCAUUCUCAAUCUCGCCACCAGUCACAAGACUGUCUGCUCAUCUCUAACGCUGCAGAUGGAGGCUCUCUUCUCUCCUCUUAUGGGGAGCCCCUGCCUCGUUCCCCCAGGGCCAAAAGUGGAGCAGCCAGUGUGCCGUCCAGCCCACGCAUGGGCCGCAGACUCUACUCUCAGGGCAAAGUUGGAGGAGAUUUGCGGCAGAGGAAAUACUCCACCGGCUCCCUCAACAGCCUGGGGAUGCACAGUCGUUCUCUGCCUCGGCUUCACGGUACAGCAGACCCCCCUGCUCUGUCGCUUCCGUCACGCCACUCAGUGGGCGCCUACAGAGGAGUGGGCUCAGGGGGGCCGCGGCGCAGUCUUUCCUCUCUGGAGCAGCCGCCAGAUGUGACCGUCCCAGCCAGCAUGCCCAGCACUCCCAGGAGGGCCAGUCUGGCCUCUCUAAGCUCUCUGGGUCUAGAGAUGGACGGGACCGGCUUAGACCUGGGCUUCGGAGAGAGGAGGUUGUCCUUUGGGAAGGGCGGGCUGGGCCCAGGACAGAGGGUGGGUAGCAUCAGCUCUUUGAAUGGCAAAGAGGAGCUGAGAGACUACCACCAGCACCAGAGAGACGAGCGACUCAGGGAGCAGAAAGUGCAAAGAUUGGAAUGCCAACGUCUGGAGACCAUUUUGAGCAUGUGCACUGAACUGGGUCACGUGGAGAGAGAGCCGGCGGGUUCAUCUGUCACUGACCUGCAGAAGAUCAAUAAGGAGUUGGAGAAGCUGCAGGUGUCAGACGAGGAGUCGGUGUUCUCGGACUCUCCCGGCAGCACGGCUCCGGACAGCUGCUUUGGGGCCAAAGCCAGAGAUUUCCAAUACUCGGAUGAGCAGCAGGUUGGCCAGCGUCAGCAGAGCGGCUACAGGGAGGCCAGGUCCCUCUCACCGGCCAUCAGCCUGAACAGCAGUGCCCUCUCACCCUGCUCCAAUAGAGGCAAAGCCUUGGAGUGUGUGCAGCAGAAACAGGAAGUGACACAAAUAGAAGAAGAGAGGAUUCAAGUUGUAAACAACAUAGAGGAGCUGGAGCAGAAGAUCAAAGACCUGGACAACCAGAUGGAGGAAUCUGUCCGAGAGAUGGAGGUGGAGUGUGCUCUGCUGGAAGGGGAACAGGAGUCCGAGAUGGGUCAGCUUCACAGGGAAAAGGAGCUCCUGGACCAACUGAAGGAAAAGAUCCAUAGCAUCGAGAAGACGAGCCACGCUGAGAAGUCACAGGAUCCUAAGGAGCAGACAAAAAGUUUGGAAGAUUUGGAGUUCCAGAAGCUGGAGAGACAAAUGAAUCAAGACGAGGAAAAAGAGAAUCAGAGCCAAGAGCUGCUGCGAGAGAUCGCUGAGUGUCAACGUCUUACAGUCACACGCAAGGAAAGGCUCACGACACUGAAGAAACAGUCGUCACAGAUUACAUCACAGGCUCAGCAAGAAAGAGAGAACUUCCAGAGAGAGAAAAAUAAUUUGCUUGGCAUGCUGCAGAAGGAGAGAGAAAAACUGGUGUCUUUGGAAGGAAAGUAUGCAGAGUUGUCUGAGGGGCAGACCUUCACUAACAUCCCUGUAGCCAUCAAAGAGCACUUGCACUCUCUGAAGGAAAGGAGAAGAAGCAGCAAAGAAAACUCUUCCCACCCGAGUGACAGCCUACCUCACCGGAGGAGCCAGCAGCUCCCCGCCUCCUAUGGCAGAUCCCUGGGACGCCCGCUUCCGCCCAAGAUCCACUUGCCUCUGGCACAAAGCUCCAGCUGUGGCAACGUCAUCCCACAAGGCUUCGCCUUCUCCGCCCGGGACCUGAACACCCGCCGCCUGCCCAAGACAGUCAACAACCAUGCAUACAUGAAUGAAGACAGACAGAAAAGAAGUGAUUUUUGCAGCAGGAUGUUGAGCCCAACGUCUGAGCCCAGCGUGUUCCUGGACUCCUUCUCUUACCCGGACAACAGCCAGGCCUCAGAUACAGUCAGCGUGGACAGCUCUGACAGCCUGGAGACAAGCUUCUCCGCCUGCUCCCCAGACAACAUCUCCAGUGCUAGUACCAACAAUAUGGCCAAGAUUGAAGAGAUGGAGCGUUUACUCCGAGAGGCCCAGGCUGACAAGCUGAGACUCCUCGAGCAUCGGGAGCGGGAGAUGGAGAUGCGCAGACAGGCUCUGGACGAGGAGCGUCGCAGGAGGGAGGAUCUGGAGAAACGACUGCAGGAGGAGACGAACAGGAGACAGAAACUUGUGGAGAGAGAGGUGAAGCUCAGGGAGAAACAACGAUCUCAGUCCCGGCUGACACGCUACCUCCCCGUGAGGAAAGACGACUUUGACCUUCACGGCCACAUUGAGGCGGCAGGACACAACCCAGGCGCCUGCUUCCACCUGGCAAUCACCGAUAAAACCUGUCGGGGCUUCCUUGUCAAAAUGGGCGGCAAGAUUAAGACCUGGAAGAAACGCUGGUUUGUGUUCGACCAGAAUCGCAGGACACUCACCUACUAUGCAGACAAACAUGAAACCAAGAUGAAAGGAGUCAUUUACUUCCAAGCCAUAGAAGAAGUGUACUAUGACCAUUUGAAGAAUGCACACAAAAGCCCCAACCCCUCGCUGACGUUCAGCGUGAAGACCCACGAUCGGGUGUACUACAUGGUGGCUCCGUCCCCCGAGGCCAUGCGUAUCUGGAUGGAUGUUAUUGUCACGGGUGCUGAAGGACACAUGCAUUUCAUGGUGUAGCUGAUCCACACCAAAAGUAAUUAAGGUUGUUAUGGCACUCUGCUCAUAUUGACAGUCACAGCAAACACGUUGUGAAGGGCUGCGAUGAAAAGAGGAACUUCUGUUUACACUUGUAGUAUUUGUAGCCUUCAAGGACAACCCAUGCCCAGAAGCACACUUUACAAUGUAAUCAUAUGUAACAAAUGAAAAUAAUUGAUAUACAGGUUUCAUAAUUAAGCUAUGUAGUUAUUUUUGUAUUGUUUAUAUACCCUGAGUGGCUGAAGCAUCACCAAAUCUUUCUUCCUGUUUCCUCCUUCCUUACACAAAGUCUAUGCAUGUCUCACACUCUCUGCGUUCUAUUUAUCUUUUAUCCCGUCAAAACUUUAUCAGGGAAACUUUUAAAUGGUCGUAAACUCAACAUCUGCUACACUUCCAAAUGCGGUACACACUGAUGCUGCUUCUCUAUAAACAGAUUCAUAUCUUUCAAACAGCUUUCAAGAAAUUCUGUAGUUUACUUAUCUGACAUUUUUUUCAAACCAAAGUUUAUGUUGUAGGUCCAACUCUGUUUUCUUUACCUUCUUGUUCUUUCCUUCUUUCUUUUGUUGAACAUCAGCGAGUCACUUCCCGGUUAUCUUCUCCUUGAUAAGGCAUCACCUCCUCUGUAUUUGAACCAGCUGCAAGAAUGCACAUGUUUAUGUUUACUCAGAUUCAUUAUUUCUAUAUUGCCGUCACUAACAUUCAAAUGUAAUUUGUGUGGGUAUUAUUUCACAUUAUUUAACUCAAGUAUAAGCUGGUCUUGUCUGCUUAUUUAAAGCAGGGCUAAAUGUCCUCCAUCGGACUAGAUACAUCUCUCUAUGCAUCACUUUGAUCCCGACAAGCCUUGGUUUGUGGUUUUCUUCACAAGUGCAAAAUGAAUUGGUGAAGGGGAGAUUAUUAUCAGCACUUUUUACAUUUCGUUAUUACGUUCCUCGCAUGGGAGUAGAGAAUUUUGCUCUAAACCUUGCAGCUAGCUCCCUCUAUCACUGCUGGUCUGAUCACGUGAGGCCAUGUUGUUUCUGCAGUGAUGCUCAAUGUGCUGCAUCACCCGCAUGUGUUCUCACACGGAAGCAUUUCAUGAAUGUUUUUUCACCAGCAGAGGUCCUCAGUGCAGAGUGUUUGCACUGGAAUGACGCCAUGCUCUGGCCUGUCGGAUGGUUGGUCCACACUCAGAUGAGCAAUUACUGAGAGAUCAGAGCCGCAGUCGUCCAUAUUUUCUUAUGCUUUUAUAUGAAUCAGUGCAUUUAUGAGCACAUGUUAAUUAAUAUGAUUUACUUUCGGGAAACAGAAAUCAUUGGUCGGAUAUUGAACACAAAAAUAUUAUAAUAUUGUUUUAAAAUCCAAAUGCUCGACUUGCAUAUUUUUUAACCCUUUGCAACAGUGAGACUGUUUCUGAUAAGGAAAUAUCACUUUAACACGGAGUGUCUAGCCUUUGGUUGGGCAGACUUCAGGGCUCGCUGUUCAUCUUGUGCAGGUUCAGUGUUGGUCAACUCCACCCUGCAGAUCAGGCUGCUGAGCCCACAGCGUUGUAGACAAGUCGCUGCCUUGCUGGAUGCUUCUCUGUGAACACAUGUAUCCGUCAGAUAAACAUCUCAUCCCCCAAAACUGUCACCCACUGUAUGAGACCGAGCCUCGAAACCAAACAAAGUAGCACAUUUAUAUCUAUAUUUUGAGAACAUUUCAACUUUUAUAUUUUGUAUAUGAUCAAUUGUGAUUUUAAUUGGCACUGUUGCCACUGGAUUUCAUACUCGAUGUGUGUCAUGAAUAAAUCAUUGGGAUUGCGAAUCUUGUCUUUGAAAUGUCAUGGUAGCUUGUGUUGUAUGUUGAAUUUGAACAUUAUAGACGGCUGUAAAAACCUGUGAGCUCUGUUCUUGCGGUGCACAAAGCCCCCAUCAUGCAGUGGAACUAGAUAUUUUCAUCAAACCUUUUUAAGGAGUUUGCUUUUAUUUUAAGAUUCAUAGUCAAUACUAGAAAACUGGAAUCGGCUCCCAGUAUAUCUGGACACAAUCUGAAAUCUCUCAGAAGCACAAGCACAAUACUUUCUUUGAAUGUGAUCCUUUCGAGUGUGUGGUGAAGAAUUAUUCAAAUUAAUCACAAGGUAUGAAUCUAAAUACAUCCCUUUUUAGCCAUCACACGUGUAAUUGUGUUAGAGGGUGUCUUCUGCUCUGAUUAACAGUUUGACUUAGUCAAGUAAAAGUACUAUUACCACUCUGCAGAAAUAAUCCAUUACAGUAAAAAGUGUGGGUAUAGUCAGGAAAAUGUACUCACAGUUUUAAAAGUAAAAUACUUAAUCAUGCAGAAAAAUAUAUAUAUUAUAUAUUAUAUAUUAUAUUCAUAAUAAAACAUUAUGAGAUGAGAUAACUGCAGCAACAGCAAACAUAUUUGUCAUAUUUGAGAAGCUGAAAUGUUUUCAGAUAAAUUUAGAGGAGUUACAAGACCAAUAUACCCAUUUCGAAUAUACUGGAAUCAGAAGAAUAAAGUAGUGGAUAAUGGAAAUAAGUACCUUGAAAAUGUUUGUAAUUACAGUACUGAAAGAAAAUUAUUUAUUUGUAAAUUAUGCCUCAAAUUCACAAUGAAGCAUUUUGAUGCAAAAAGCUAAUGAGAGUAUGUCUUAUUAGCAUGUUUAACAUGCUGUUGCUCAUUAAGGCACUCAUGUCUCUAAACUCCUCCUCCACAAACCCGCACCCUUUCAUUGGUUGACCCAGUGGGGUUGGCAUGGAAACACAGAAUGAAGCAUGCUAAAUUGGGUUCUAAAGAGGCAUGUCUCUCCAGAGGCAGAAGCAGACACACACAUAAACACAAACAGAUCAUAGAAAGCCAGGGGCUUGGUGCAUUAUUGGUACCGUGAUACCCAUAAUGUGUAUCUUUGUUGGGGUCAAGGGAAUGAUUUAAAGACAGAGUGACUGUAUUUGCACAGAGACACACCGACAACGUAUAAACAGAUAUACUCUGAGACUGCUUAUCUAAUAUAUCCAACAUGUUCCCUGGUUGUGCUUCACUCAAGGCUGUUGUCACUAUCACUUACAAGCAUGAAAACCACAUUGCUGGGAAAUCAUGUGAAUGGAUGUUGACAAAAGGCAGCAUUCUCCGACUGUGCUUGUUUCAUUUUCCUCUUGAAAACUGAAUGAGUCAUUCAUACCACUGGGUUCCUGUAAUUCGAGCAUAAUGUAAUUUAUCACACCGUGACACAAUGUGAGCCAUCAUAGGCGGCCUGAUCUUUGCCCUAACAAGCAGUAUUAUAAAUCUACAUGCGAAUUCAAUUUCUUGAACGCUUUAGCUGCAAAUCACAGGUGUUACCAGAAAGCAACCAUGUGUUUUGUGGGAGCCUCGGGGGGAAACUGUUCUUUUCCCAGAGAGAUGGUUUCACCCUCUGUAGUCUGCAUCAGCACCUGAUGCGGUGAAAUCCUCGUGUUUUGCUCGGGUAAAUUAUGUUCUUCUCUUCUCAGCUUGCAGCCUCUGGCUUCCGUACGUACACAGAGGGCUUUUUGUGUCACCUCCGCAGUGCUGUUUUGUAAAAAAAAUAAUAAAAUAAUAAUGAUUAUAAAAUCA